AUGCAAAUCAAAUAUUUGCUUCUAAUAGCUAUUCUGCUUACAAUAACUAAGUAAGUGACUGUUACAAAAACAGAUGAAUGCGAUGAAUGCACAUAAUUUAAAUCCUCUUCAGAUUGUAAAUCAUCCAAACUUGGAUGUACUUGGACUGAGAAAACAGUCACAACUCCAGGAUCUUGUGGCAAAACUACAGCACCUCCUCCAGUUACUUAUACACCAUAUUGUUCAACAAUAGAGACAGCUAAUUGUGCUAAAACUUUUGGAUGUGCCUUAAUUGAAGGAAAAUGCACACAUUUCACAGGAUGUUCAGCUUAUGUCAAAACUACACAUUCAGACUGCUAAAACAUAUCCAACCUAUGUAUAACAAACGGAACAACAUGCACAAAUGCACUUGAAUGUAUUGGAUAUACUAAAGAAUAAUGUGAAACCACACCUAGUUUAAAGAGUCCAUACAAGUGUAAAUUAGAAGGAGAAACAUGUAGAGAAUAUAAUUGUACUGAGGCUGAUUCCUCACUUGCAACUCAUGGAGCAUGUGAUACAUGGAAAGCUGGUUGUAAAACAACAGGUGCUGGAUGUAUUGAUUCAAUUCCAUCAUGUAAUAAUUACUAAGGAACUUCUGAAACAUGUCCAAAAAUGAGAGGUUCAGAUGGAAAUUGUGAAUUUAAUCCUGAAGGUAAUAAUUGUAGACCUCGUGUAUGCACAGGUGCAGAUACAUCCCUUAACAGUGAUGAGGAUUGUGGUAAAUAUUAGGAUAAAUGUUUAACAACAGGAAAGGGAUGUAUUGCAAUAAAACCAAGUUGUUCAAAUUAUACUGGAAAUGCUAUAACUUGUAUAGGAUAUAUUGGUACAGAUGGUGAUUGUGCUGGAGAUGCUACAGGUACUAAAUGUAGAGCUAGAUUAUGCAGUGAAAAAACAGCUACAACUGAUGAUGAUUGUGGUAAAUGGAAAACUGGAUGUUAAACAAAUGGAAGAUAAUGUGUUGAUUCAUUAGGUAAUUGUAAUACAUAUGAGGGAACAAUUACUACUUGUGCUUAAAUAAAAGGAUUAGAUGGUAAUUGUAAAGGAACUUCAACAACAACAGCUAAAUGUGUAUUAAAAGAUUGUGUAACUGAUAGUAAUGAAACUUUUAAAACAAAAGAUUAAUGUCUAGCUGUUUAAUUAUUUUGUAAGACAACUGGAAAAGGAUGUGUGGCCACAUUAUCUAAUUGCUCAUCAUAUUCUUUUACUGAUGAUGGAACUUCUUGUAAUUCAUUGUAUGGAUUAAAUGGUAGAUGUAAAGCUGGAACUGGUGGAAAAUGUGCAGAUAGAGUUUGUACUGAAGCUCCAACAUCAUAUACUUCAUAACCAUAAUGUGAAGAAUACAAAAGUGGAUGUGUACCAACUGGAGCUGGAUGUGUAUCACCAACACUUUGUUAAGAUACUGUGAAAUAAGUUACUUGUGAAGGAACAGAUAAUUGUGGAUGGAAUUCAAUCUGUGUUUCUAAAACCAGUUGUGGAUUAUUAACAUAGUCUAAAUCUGUUUGUGAAAGUGUUAAAAUAAAUGAGAGAUCAUGUAAAUGGGAAUCAAAUACAUGUAGACCUGCCAAAUGUGAUGAUUUCACUGCAACUGAUGAUAAUACUUGUAAUACAUUACUUCCAGGUUGUGUUACUAAUGGUACUAAAUGUGUUGAUGGUUCUAAUUGUGCUGCAUAAUUUAAGGGAACAUAAUCAACAUGCUAAGGCUAUAAAGCCAAAUGUACAAAUGAUACUAAUGCAACUGAAACAACAGCUUGUAAACCAAAAACUUGUGAUGAUUCAUAUCUCGAAUAUAUUAGUGAUACUGAUUGUAGUAAUUAUUUAGCAGGUUGUGUAACAAAAGGUAAAGGUUGUAUUAUUGAUACUGCAUAAUGUUCAAGUUAUACAGGUACUCCAGAACAAUGCGAUAAAUUUAAAGGAAAUAAGACUAUUAGAUGUUGGAAUACAAGUGCUACAUCUGGUUCUUGUACUAAUAAAUAAUGUAAUUAAGCAACAGGUAUGGCAGAUAAUAACACCUGUGAAGACUUUUUGACAGGGUGUUUAUAUGAUGGAAAUGGUAGUUGUGUUGAUAAAAGUGCCUAAUGUACUGCUUAUACAGGUGAUGCAACAACUUGCCCAGGAUUUACUGGAGGAAAUGGAAGUAAACCAUGUUAUAAAGGGGCAAGUGGAAAAUGUAGAGAUAAAUCAUGUUAUGAUGAUACAACCAGUGAUAGUGAUGGAGCUUGUGAUACAUUUUUACCAGGCUGUGUUACAAAAGGAACAGGAUGUAUUCCUAAGACAUCAUUAUGCUCUGCAUAUUAAGGAACAACUGAUAAAUGUUUAACAUUUACUGGAAAUUCAGCAGCUGAUAAAUGCACUAGAUUAGAACCUUGUAUAUCAAAGAGUAAUACAUGCAAUUUAAAAACUGAAGUAACCUCAAACACUGAUUGUUUAACAUAUCAUGCUGAUUGCAGAUUUAAACUUGGAGAUAAUGCUUGCAGAGAAAGUGUAGGUACUUGUGCAGAAUAUACAUUUACUAGCACUGAUGAUACCGAGAGGUAGAAUUAUUGUAAUACAAUCACUACAAAAACAGGCAGUUUAUGUAGUUAUAAUCCAACUGUUACAGGUAAGUGCUCAGCUAGAGCAUGCAAUCUAUGGGUGAGUGCAUUAGCUAAUAUUACAUGCGAAAAUUAUAAUGGAACAUCUUCAUGUAAAUCAAAUGGAGCAAGUUAUUGUUAUGCUCCUUAAAAUUCUUGUGAAUUAUACACAAUCCCAAAUAGUAUAACAGAAGCUGCAGCUAAACUCACAUGGUGUAAUGGAAUGUUCACUGAUGCGGUUACUCCAACUAAAUGUUCAUAUGAUUCAGCUACAAGCACAACAUGUUCUGAUAUAGAUACUUGUGAAGAGAUCAUUUCCCCUACUAGUGCUGCAGAUUGUAAUAAAAAAUUAGAUGAUGGAGAAUGCUAAUUUACAAAUAAUAAAUGUAUUACUACCAAAGCAGCAUGUACUGGUUAUUCAUUAACUGGAAUCACUACAGGUUAAGCUGCUUAUUGCUCAGCCUUGAAGUCUGAUGAUAGCACAACUGUUAAAUAAUGUGCAUAUAAUUCUGCAACAACAACAACAUGCGUUGAAGCAACUGCUACUACUAUUCUUUCAAUUCCAACUAAUCCUACUUAUACCGAUCCAUCUGCUAUCACUUUUGCAGCUUGUAAUACUAUUACAUCACCAACAUCAUAAGCAGAUUGCAAUGUUGGAACAGGAAGUUGUAAAUACUAUAAAAGUGCUUGUUAUGCAAGAGUUGCAUGUGCAAGUUAUACAAUUCCUGGUUCAAUAACAGCUGCCGAUGACAAAUAAUACUUUUGUUAGAAUAUGUUUGAAGAUACAGCUGAUACUUACUGUUCUUAUGAUUCAACAGCUAACAGUAAUAAUGGAGGUUGCGUUGCUGGUAAAACUGCUUGUACUGAAUACACUUUAACUGGUACCGAUAAUACUGCAAAAGCGCUUGCUUGUUCUAAACUCAGAAUCAAAACAGGAAGUGCUUGUGCCCAUGUUGCAGAUGCAACCACUUGCUCUGCUCCAGCUGAUAAUGCAGCUAAAUGCACUGUUGUAGCAGCUGGCAUUACAACUGAUGCAGAUUGUGAUUUAAGAACUAUAUUAGGAUGCAAGAAACAUGCUACUGCUGAUACUUGUAUAGCUAGAGAUGCAUGUACUGCUGCAGUCUCUGGAACUACAAAUGAUGAAAAAGCAACCAACUGCUAAGCUAAUCCUGGUCCCGAUUCUAUUUAUUGUUCAUAUGAAGCAAGUGGUGUAAAUUGUGUAGUUGCCAAAAGUGCAUGUACAGGUUAUGUAAGUGUCCCAGUAGGUACUGAAUUAACCUAUUGUUAAACAAGAGUUAAUCAAAUAGGAAAAAGAUGUUCAUGGACUAGUGGUUCUACUUGCGCAGAUGCUUAAGCUACAUGUGCUGGUUACUCUAGUCUAUCUGGUACUGGUCUACUAGCAUUAUGUUAAGCUAAAAUUGAUCAAGUUGGAGUUAAAUGCUCAUGGAACAUAGGUGCUACUGCAUGUAUUGCUGCUCCAAAAACAUGUGCUGGAUGGAGUACUCUACCAACAUCAGGACAAUUAGAAUUUUGUUAAGCCAGAAUUAAAUCAGAUGGUAAAAGUUGUUCAUGGACAACUGGUGCUGCAUGUUCUGAUGCUCCUGCUACUUGUGCUGGAUGGAGUACUCUACCAGCAUCAGGACAAUUAGAAUUUUGUUUAACCAAAAUUAAUUAAAAUGGUUAAAGAUGUUCAUGGACAACUAGUGCUUCGGCAUGUUCUGAUGCUCCUGCUGCUUGUAGUGGAUGGAAUAGUGUACCAACAUCAGGAUAGUUAGAAUAUUGUUAAGCAAAGUAUAAAUAAGAUGGUAAAAAAUGUUCAUGGAUAAAUGGUACUUCAUGUAGUGAUGCUCAGACUCUUUGUACAUCAUUGACAAAUCUACCAUCUUCUGAAGAAUUAGCUUAUUGUUAAUAAAGAAUCAAAUAAAAUGGUUUACGAUGUUCAUGGACAACUGGUACUUCUGCAUGUUCUGAUGCUCCAGUUGCUUGUUCUGGAUGGAGUACUCUACCAUAAUCAGGACAAUUAGAAUUUUGUUUAACCAAAAUUAAUUAAAAUGGUUUCAAAUGUGCAUGGAAUACUAGUGGCACUACCUGUAUUGAUCUUCCUGCUGCUUGUACUGGAUGGAAUAGUCUACCAACAUCAGGACAAUUAGAAUUUUGUUUAGCCAGGAGUAAUUUAGCUGGAUAAAAAUGUUCAUGGGUUACUGCUGCUGCUGCAUGUUCAGAUGCUCCUUCUGCUUGUAGUAAUUGGAAUUCUUUACCUUCAUCAGGAUAAUUAGCAUUUUGUUAAGCCAAAUUUAGAUUAGAUGGAGGUAAAUGUUCAUGGACUACCGGAGCAUCUUGCAGGGAUUAUUCAUGUGAAGAUACAUUAUCUCCUUAAUCAUAAGCUGAUUGUGAUGUAAUUGGAACAGGAUGCACAUAUUAACCUCAAAAUUAAAUUUGUUAUAUUAAACAAUCAGCAUGUACUUCAUAUACUCCAACAGGACUUACAGAUGAUGAUAAACUUAACUAUUGCAAUAAUCUAGUAAAUACUAGUAAUGCUGGAUGUACAUUUUUAAAAAAAGGAAGUGUGACAACAUGCUCAGUACUAGCUGCAUGCACAGGUUAUAAUGUAUCUAGUAUAACUGAUGCUGGUGAUAAAUUAUCAGCUUGUUAAGGUGUAGAAUCUACUGAUGAUAAAUGUACAUACUUUUCAGGAAAUACUUGUGUUGCUGUAGGUGCUUGCACUUCAUAUACUGGAGCAUCUUCAGCAGAUAAUAUAGUAGCUGAUUGUGCUAAAUAAAAGGAUGCUGCUGGAUUUUUAUGUUUUGGUACUGGUACUGCUUGUGUGGCAGCAACAUGCAAUGAUGUUACAGGAGCAACUAGUAUAGAUGAUUGUAAAAAAUACGCCAAUAAUUGUGUGUACUCUACUCAAAAAUGUUACACAUAAUCAGCAACUUGUAAUUAUUCAACAGGAGGUACUAAUGCAAUAUCAUUGUGUAAUAGUCUAAAAGAUACUAAUGGCAACUUUUGUACAGCUGAUGCUGACAGUGAUGCAACUUGCAAACAAAGAACAUGUAAUGAUACUGCAACAAAAAUGUUCUAAACUCAUGAAGAAUGUAAGGCUUAUCUUCCUACAUGUAAAUCAAAUGGUAAUGGUUGUAUACUUGAAACAACAACUUGUGCAUAAUAAAGUGGAUAUCUUAAUUAUUGUGAUUGGGUAUUAGAUACUAACAACAAAUCUACUUGUGCCAAAGGAACUUCUGCUACAACUGACGCAUCCUGUACAAAUUUAUCUUGUGAUUUGAAUGUUACUGCAACUAAUGAUUCAGAAUGCUAAUCAUUCCAUCCUGAUUGUUUAAAUAAUGGUUUAGGUUGUAUUCAUAAAAAUGAGGCAUGUUCCUCUUAUUAUGGUACAAAAGAACAAUGUUAAUAAUUUAUAGGAAAUGGGAAGAAAUGCUUCGGAGAUUCUACUAGUGGUAAAAAAGCUUGCAGAGAAAGAAAAUGUACAGAUAUGACUACAGCUACUGGUAACAGCGACUGUGAAAAUUUCUUACCAGGAUGUCUAUACAAUGGAGCAGGAUGCGUGCCUAAAAGUGAUCCUUGCAGUGCUUAUAAGGGAACUUAAACAAUUUGUUCAGGAUUUAAGGGAAGUAAUGGAACCAAAUAUUGUUGGGGAGCCAGUGAUACAGCUUCAGGAAAUUGUGCAGAUAGAAAAUGCUCAGAUAAAUAAGGUACAACAGAUGCUGAAUGUUAAACUUUCUUACCCCCUAUUUCUACUUCUUCUUAAUAAUUAUGUAUUACUGAUGGUACAAAAUGUACAGAUAUUGGAAAAUAAUGUUCGUUCUUUAAAGGAACUGAUGAAACAUGCUAAAAAUUCACAGCUACUGAUGGCCCAUGCAAAGCAAGUGCUGUUUCAGCAACUCCUGUUGCUUGUACUCCUAAAGUUUGUUAUGAAGCUCCUAACACAUUUACAACAGAUAAAUAAUGUUAAGAUUAUCAUCCUUCUUGUAAAACAACAGGAAGAGGUUGUAAAAGUAAUGUUGGAUGUGGAGAUUACACUUCUUUAACUUCAUGUACAACUAAUACAUCAUGUUAAUGGGCUGGAUAAUGCAGAUCUGAACCAGCUACAUGCAGUUCAUUAACUUCUUUAGGUCAAACUAUUUGUGUGAAUACUCCAUUAACAAAUGGAAAGAAAUGUGCCUGGUUUAAUGGUGCAACUUCUCAGACCAGUGUUUGCAGAGAUUUCACAUGCGCAGAUUAUGAUGGAUCUAUUACAACUCAUAAAGAUUGUUAAGAUAAAGAUUUAACAUGUACUACUAGUGGAGCUGGUUGUGUUACUUUAGGAACAUGUUCGUCAUAUAAAUCUCAAACUGUUUGCGAAGCUGCUAAUACAACUGAAGAUUCAUUAAGAUGUUUUUGGAAUUCUGCAACAGCUGCUUGUAGAUAAAGAUAAUGUGCUGAUGGAGUAUUUACCACUGAUGAUGCAUGUAAAACUUGGCUUACUGGAUGUAAAACUUCAGGAAUAACUUGUAUUGGACCAACUUUCGGAUGUGGAGCAUUUGAUGGAAACCCUAAGCUCUGCUAAUAGAAUAGUGCUGGAAAUCCAUGUUAUUAUGUUGAUGGAACAUGCUAUGAUUAUGACAAUUGUACAGAUAUUACUUCUUAAACAUUUUCAGUUUGCUAAAAAUUCUCCAAAUAAUGUGUUCCAACAAAUUCAACCUGCAGAGCUAUUACACUAUGUGAUAAGUACGAGGAUGUGUUUUCAUGUACAAUUGGUAUUAAUGAUACUAAAUGUGGAUGGUUACCAGAAGGUAAAUGCAAAGAUUACACAGCAUGCAGUGAUGCUAAUGGUGCCAACUUAUCAGCAUGUGCUAGUUGGGGUUCCACUUGUGUUUCAGAUGGAAUCAAAUGUGUUGAUAAAGGAACUUGUUCUUCAUAUCUAACCCCUUCAGCUUGUGAUAAUGAUGGUACUGAUGGAAAAUGCUAAUGGACUGGAACAUCCUGUAGAUUGAGAGAAUGUACAGAUAAUGCUGCUACUACUGAUUCUGAAUGUUUAGCUUAUGUUGUUAAAAGUGGACUCUGCACAACUGAUGGAGCCAAGUGUGUUCCUAGAUCCACAUGUGGUUCUUAUCAAAGUGAAACAGCUUGUACAACUGGAUAAGAUGGAGUUCCAUGUAUAUUUGAUUUACCAGUUGGAGCAACAACAGGAACUAAAUCAUGCAGACCAAAGGAAUGUACAGAUAUCAAAGGAGUAACUAACGAUGCUUGUAUUGGAUAGAUUCCAAACAAAGCUUGUGUUUCUAAUGGAAUCAAUUGUGUAAAAUAAGACACAUGUGCCAAUUAUAAGAAUAAACUAUCAUGUAAAGCAGGAGGAUCUGAUGGCAAAUGUGCAUUUACUCCAGCACCAACUGUUGCUGAUCCAAAUAAUGGAACAUGCUAAUCAUUCAAAUCCUGUGAAACUGGAAAUAAUGAUAAGGAUGCUUGUGAUAGUAAAUCAAAGGCAUGUAAAUGGUCAUCAACUACAAGUGGAACUACCACUACAACUAAAUGUUAACCUAUGGAUUGUGCUGGAGUUGCCUCAGGUACUACUUGCAAUCCAUUCCAAAGUUUCGAUGGUGCAUCAAGUACCAUUUGUGUAUUAGUCAAUAAUUAAUGUACAGUUGGUGAUCCAUCCACUCUUACAGUAGAUUAAUGCUAUAAAACAUAAACACUUUACUCAUAUACUUGGAAUGAAUCAACAAAUAAAUGUGUUUCAUGCAAAGCUUCCACUAACAAUAACAAUAAUACAACCAAUCCAAACACAACCGACCCAGAUACUAAUACUGAUGAUAAUGGAUACAUAUUGGGUGUAACAAUUCCAUUGGCUAUUUUGGGAAUCUUUGUUUGA